CUGUUGAUGAACGAGAUAAUUGGGACGAUGAACUAUAAUCAGGAGAAAGGAUUACUAUUUCAUCUUUACCCCUCGUCUCAUAUUUAAAAAAGAAACUGUACAUAAAAACUUUGACUUGCCAGCUGUAAAUAACUCUUUUUAUAAAAAUAUAAAAAUUUGACGCCGUUCCAAAAAAUUAGCAUCCUGCCUUCUUUUCGUCUGCUUUGUUCUUAUCUCUUCAUUUCGGAAAUCUCUCAUUAGCAAUAUGGCAAUCAAUCUUGAAACCCUUCAAGUCAAGGCUAAGCAACAGCUCAAGGAUUUGGACGUCGAGCUCUCCAAGUACAAGUAUUUCAAUGACAUCGAAGCCAAGACUAAGGUUAAGAAGACUCAUAUCGCACUUGGUGGUGCUGCCAUUCUCUUUAUCAUGGUGUUCUUCAACUUGGCAGGUGGUUUGAUUACAAACACCAUCGGUUGGUUGUAUCCUGCAUAUGCUUCUUUCAAAGCUAUCGAGUCACCUGGAAAGGCGGACGACACACAAUGGCUCACAUACUGGACCGUUUUUGGUUUCGUCCAAACUCUUGAGUACUUCGCUGAUGUUUUGCUCUACUGGUUCCCCUUCUGGUACACCUUCAAGGUUCUGUUCUUCCUUUGGCUCGCACUUCCUCAAUUCCGGGGUGCCGAGUUCUUGUAUGGUCGUUUCCUCCGCCCUGUCUUGCUCAAGGCUCAGCCUGACAUCGAUACCAGACUCCGUAACGCCUCUUCCGAAGCUUCUAGUGUCUUUAGCGGCGCUAAGCAAGAAUAAAAAAGGACUAAUAUGCGUCACCUGUAAUGUUAAAAAUCCAUCAAACAUAACCACUUCAGAUCGAAAAUAAACGUUUUUGAAAUGUAAACGAAAGUUUGACCUGAAUAUGUGGAAGCUUUGUUGAUUUCCUGGUUUGGGGGUGCUCAUAUUCAAAAAUCCCAAAAUUUGUAAU